CCAUCUUGUUGUGUUCUUCUGGUGCCAAGGCAAUCAAAGAGUUUCUCAUCUCCACCAGAAAUGAAGGAGAAUUCCAUGGUCUUUGUCUUCCUCUAGUCACAACAAAUCCCCGGAUUUCUCUGUUGUUAUUCUCCAUUUUAUCUUUUUCCUCUCCUUCUAUCCCUUUUUCUCUGAGGAUCGGUCCCUUUUGAGAGGUGAGAACAAGAUAGCACCAAAGUGAGGCAAAAAACAAGAAAAGAAAGGCAAGAAAGGGAGAAAGAGAGGAAGAAAGAAACCAAGAGAGUUUGGAAGAGAGAGAGAGAGAGAGAGAGAGAGGAGAGAGACAAAAACAAAAUCGCUGAAAAUAAGCAAUUUUAAUCUUUUUCUUGGCCACCCUUUUAUCCCUUUUCAUCUUUGUCUUCUUCAAGAUGUCAAAUAUCACAGGUGAAGGUGGGAGCUUCUCUUCAGGCAAUACUGGCGAAGCUGAAGUUCAACCACAGGAGCUUCUGAAUCACCUCUUUGGUGCUAAUAAUUCAUUGUUAUCAUCAGCAUCAGCCAAUAAUGAUAGUCUCUCCGCAAGUACUCAUGAUGAGAGGCCACAGCAGCAAGCUCCACAAGCUAAGAAGAAAAGAAGCUUACCAGGAAAUCCAGACCCAAGCGCAGAAGUCAUUGCUCUAUCCCCGACCACGCUCAUGGCGACGAACCGUUUCGUGUGCGAGAUAUGCAACAAGGGCUUCCAGAGGGACCAGAACCUGCAGCUCCACCGGCGAGGCCACAACCUCCCAUGGAAGCUCAAGCAGAGAGGGAGUGCCGAGAUCCGGAAGCGGGUCUACGUGUGCCCCGAGCCGAGCUGCGUGCACCACAACCCUGCCCGAGCUCUCGGCGACCUGACGGGGAUCAAGAAGCACUUCUGCAGGAAGCAUGGGGAGAAGAAGUGGAAGUGCGAGAGGUGCUCCAAGAAGUAUGCAGUUCAAUCGGAUUGGAAGGCUCAUUCCAAGACUUGUGGGACUAGGGAAUACAAAUGUGACUGUGGCACUAUAUUCUCCAGGAGAGAUAGCUUCAUCACCCACAGAGCCUUCUGUGAUGCCCUGACCGAAGAAAACACCAAGCUAAACCAAGCCCUAGCUCCACACCUACCUACCUCAGUAGGCCAACAACCUAAUAAUCUCUCUUCUUCUUCUUCAGUCCCUCUACGCCAAGCUCAAAGUAACACCAAUCCCUCCACUGAAGCGCCUGAGUUCGCCAACCAUGUCGACACGAAACCCCAGUUAUUCUCUCUCCCGCAAGGGAUCAUCCUUCCUUCGUCGAAACCUUUGAUGAUGCCUCAAACCUUGUUCUCCGGCAACAACCUCUUCGGCACCGCCAACGCAAGGACUGUCGCCCCGCCGCCGAUAUCUCCCACCAUGAUCCACGGGAUGAAUAGCCCGCAAAGCGGCUCGGCAUUCAUGUCAGCAACGGCAUUAUUGCAAAAGGCGGCUCAAAUGGGUGCAACCGUGAGUAACAAUAGCGCGACGACCUUUGUCUCCGCGGCGAUGGCUCCGUCGUCGUUCGGGGGAAUGUUGCAGAAGCAAGCUCAGCACAAUGGAGGCUUUGUGAACCGGUUCAUGGAGAAGGGACAAGAAGAGAUUAGUGAGCAAUUCAUGAAUAAUGUGAAUAGUGGUAGUGAUAGGGAGGGUGUUUUUAGUGGGUUGUUAGGUCAGAAUAGUCAUGACUUCUUGAAGAGUGUGGAGGUUGACCAUGGAAAGACCACGACAGUUGAUUUCCUGGGGAUCGGAGGGACGAGAUCGGCCGGGAACUUGCAUGAAGGUCAGAGGGAGAUGCAUUUGAAAGGGUUUAUGAGUCAGUUUCAACCACAGAACACACUGGAGAAACCUAUGUGGGAGGUUUAAUUAGAACAAUUGUGUCAAUGUUUAUGCAAUUAAUUAGAGAUCUUUUUGUCUUCCC